UUUGGUUCCAGCACGGAUCCAUUUUUACAUUACGAGGUGGGAGUCAUAUUGGAUCAGCGGGACGGAUGGGACGCCGUUAUUGGUUCUCAUGUUAUUCACGGACGCUUUGAGGUGAUCUAUCGUGUUCUUAUUUCGCCGCAUUUAUUUCUGUGGGGGUUAAAUACUCAGAUAUGAAAUAUGGCGAGCCAAUUUGAACGCUCUGCAGACGUGGAUGCUUUGGUUAAAAGACUGGAGAAGGAGUCGCUGACUAAGUUUGUCACUUUUUCUGUGGACCGACAUUACAAUGACAAAGCUAGAAGACCACAGCUUUGGCUGCCAGAAAACCCGUCGGCCAUCUACAAAAAAGGUGGGAUGUCCAGCAGCCAUAUCAAUCAGCAAGAUUGCAACAUUCCCUAAGUUCAAGGUGGUGGACAGUGCAGAAAGGAGUAAGAAGGCAGCUUCAAAAAUGCUGAGAAUGGCCCUGGAGAGAGACCCAGUCAUUUGGGAAACACGAUAUGCUGUCCUACAUUCGAAUGAGCAUGCAGGACAUGCAGAUGGGAGAAAUGAAGGAGAUGCGACCUCACAAUCUGGUAUGAUCUCAUGCAAACGAGCAAGGAAGUCAGAUCUGAGAAGGAAAUGCGUCAAACUCACCAAACAACUCCUGGACAGCUUGAACUCUAUUGAAGAUUAUCAUACGCUUGAGGAGGUUUCACAGGUUUUAAGCAACCUGCUGAAAGACGUAGCUCAUCUGAACAACAAGAUGGAGGGAAAGUCUCUUCAUCCUGACGCCAAGAACUCUAGAGCUUUAUCAGAAGGUCCAGCCCCUCUGCCACAGAGGGACCCCAAGGGGCCUGCACACAUGAUUGUUCAGGAGCUCAGGCAGCCAGUGACCAGGAACUCACCAUUUGAAUAUCCCAAUUUAACAGUUCCAGUCUGACUGUGAUUUUUAAAGCUUUUUAUUUCGCUUUUGUUUAGAUUGUUUGGUGUUUCUGUUACCGGGAGUAAAUGACUCCACUGCCUGUCUGUAUGAUGCCCCCAUAUGAGCACAUUUUGUGAGAUUGGUUUACGUUCUUGUUUUACCACAGGUGUGUUUACAGCGCAAGAUUUUGCAACUUUGCUACUUAGAAAUAUGAUUCUUUUGAAUAACAAACAUAUUAGUUUGUGCAAAGUGGUUAAAUUGGUCCUUUUACAUUUCUGGAAAAAAAAUCUUGGAUUUUUUUUGUUCCCAUAUAGUUAAAGGAAAAGCACUGUGCAUUUUGAAAAUAUUAGAAUAAAUUGUUCUAUAGACAGGGACUGAUUUAGCACUAUUAUUUUUUGCCAAAGGAUAAACUCUGAGCUCUUUAAAAUGCCACUGGACUCUUUAAAAUGCUAGGAAAUUUUAAAUAAAUUUGUCAUUUAGUCUUUUUAAAAUAAUAAAUAAUGAACCAAACCAGCCCAGAAAUGGUUCACCAGACAUAAAAUUAGUCUUUGCAAUACUGUGGAAAUUAAUCUAAAGAUUAUCUCCCUCCAACUUUGAGCAACCUUAUACAACUGAGUGCUUUCCCCUGAAAGCAACAAGGUGACCUUGUCAGAAAUAACCCUAUUUUUCACUUAAUGACUGCUGGAGAUGGACAUUUGAAAUUUUGCCAGUAAAAUUUGUAG